ACUGGUGGGGAACAAGAAUUAUCUAGUAUGAGGAGGACGUAGUUUGCGUUAUGCUCGUUGUUCGUUGCGACAAUCGAACUACAUAAGCACCCCAUCGACCCCAAUCGACAUUACGUAACGCACUGUUUUGGGACAAUCACAUAUAGGCUUCAAGGAUUCAGGAAGUCUGGGAGAGUACUAGUAUGUGAGUGGGGAGGCACGGUGGGAGUUGUAGGCUUGGUCUAUCCCGGCUACAAUUCUCGAAUGACCGAAGAGCUAAAGAAUGAUUGUGAGCCUUUCCUUCACCCCUUUGUCAAUGGCGCACGGGUUCAGGGAGGAGUCGGCGACCCUGCCAGAACGGUAAUAGACUUGGCUAUGUCCGAACUUUCUAGAUGUCUACGCCGUCGGGAGGGCUGGUGGACUUUAUUUAACUGUCCAGAAACCCGUGCCCAGUGGGCUGCGGAAGCUCUCGCCGAACCUACGGCUGUGCGCGUAUCAAGUAACGACCUCAGAGUCUGGUUAACUCCUCGACAGGUUGAAUAUGUUCUGGAGGAGUUGCAGGGCUAUGCAAAGCUCCGCGACGUCGAGGAUAAUUGGCAGGUUUCUUGCUUUGAACGUAUCUGGGAGUCUGAAGCAAUUUUUGACGACUCGAUGCGCGCAAGCCUCGAUCGUCAACUCUCUCGUUUCCUGGAAACACUUCCAGACAAACUGGCAUAUCGCGAGGGAGACGAGCUAACUCGCCACAUCAUAGAUCCUUACCUGUACCCUCUCAUCUACGGUCGGACGCUCGCUUACGACCCAGCUAGGGAAGAAUUUCUUCGCCCUGAGCCAGUACCCAGCGUUACAGACGUGACUACCACAGAUUUCCUCUCGCAAGAGUUCGCAUCUUUACCCUGCGACUUCCUUAUCUCUGAGGGCGGCACAGCGAAGGCUCUCUCGUACAUAAAUAACCUCCACCCUUGCUAUUACGCGCUCUAUCGCCACUUCGAGGAGUUGAUCUCCAAGUGCAUUCCCAUGUUCGAGCACGUCCUGACAGACUUAAAGGCGGACAAUCCAAUUAAAGAGCGAAUCCAGGGACCAUCUUCGUCGGCAGAGUGGGACGAGCCCGAGGCCCCAGAUUUUUCGCGCGACUUCGCGGAUUGGUCUGCGUACGAGAGCAAGAAGCGGCAGUGGAUCAUGCGCCGGUCAAUGGAGCCUGAUGUCCCCACCACUGGUUACCCGGGCGGGCUCGAAGAACGCCGGAAUGCUGUACAACUCAGGGGGAAAACACUUCAGGUCAUAUUUGACGUGUACGAGAUUUGCAUCAAACCAGGCGGCCCUGCCUUUCAGGGCUUUCAAUGGCGUGUAGAGGGCAUGACGAACGAGAAUAUCGUUGCUUGUGUCCUUCAUAAUUCGUCAAGUGACAACAUCACGGGUAACUCGAUCGAAUUUCGCAUGGCUGUUAAGACACCGCCUGGAUUUCCCAACAAAGGCCACCAGGACAUAACCCUCAAGACUUGGGGUAUGCAGACAGGAGACCCCUGUCACCAGCACAUUGGCUCCGUCCCAAUUCGCCAGGGACUGUGCAUCGCAUUUCCUAAUAUUUAUCAAUAUCGCUUCACACCAUUCUCAUUGGUCGAUCCGUCAAAGGAGGGACAUCAGCGCAUCAUCGGGCUGUACUUGGUUGAUCCAAGCAUCGCUCCGCUGGCGUCCACGCAGAGAGUCCCACCACAACAGAAAGCGUGGACGAGGUUAGGUGUAGAGAAGAGGACUCGCGGAAUAUUUCCUGUGGAACUCGUUGAUAAAGUGCUCGAUGAAGUGGACGGAGUUAUGGAUGUGGAUGAAGCGGUGAUAUGUAGGGAAAGGAUGGUGAAGGAACGAACCAGGCUCUCCGAGCUGAAUGAUGUUCAGCACUUCAAAAUCCCAUGCAACAGAAGGAGGUGAUAAUGUCUGCUAAGGGGGGCCGCAUUCGUCUACAUAUCAUUGUCAGGUAAGCUAGAGCCGCAGGUAUCUUCUACAUGUCCGAGAUUAGAAGUGUGUAGAUAGACUCUACUUC